UUACAGAUAUGUCUGAAUCAACUCAAGACAACAUAAACAAUCCAGACGGCUCCAUCACUAGCGUCCCCACCAGAUUCCCCUACGUCCCAGCCACACCUGAACCCUCCCCGCAAAACCCCGUCGUAUCCAAAGACAUUACGGUGAACCGCUCAAAGUCAACAUGGAUGCGUCUCUACGUUCCCACCGCCGCACUAAACGGCGGCGUUUCGUCUGAAAAACUCCCUCUGGUUGUCUAUUACCACGGCGGAGGAUUCGCCACCGGCAGCGUCGACUUCUAUCCCCACCACGACUUCUGCAACCUUAUGGCGCGCGAGCUCAACGCAGUCUUCGCUUCUCCUUCGUACCGGCUAGCUCCCGUGAACAGACUCCCGGCGGCGUACGACGACGGAGUGGAUGCACCAGCCGUCUUCGCCGAUCUAAGUCCAUUACGUAUCCGUGGUAUGAUCUUACACCAGCCGUUCUUCGGCGGCGAAGAGCGUUGCGAGUCUGAAACCAAUGUGAACUUUCCGCAUAUACUCAGCGACGCCUGCUGGCACCUUUGUCUCCCUGUCGGAGCGAACCGGGAUCACGAGUAUUCGAAUCCGACGGUGGGAGAUGGACCGAAGCAAAUGGAGAAAAUCGGACGGUUGGGACGGAACUGGAAGGUGGUGGUGAUUGGACGAGAAAGACAUCGUCUGAUAGAUAGGCACAGAGAUGUGGCGAAGUUGAUGAAGGACCAGGGAGUGGAUGUGACUGAGCAUUUUACCGACGGGGAUGUUCACGGUGCUGAGCUCGUUAACCAGGGUGAAACUACGCUUGCUUGCAUCAGAAGUAUCAUUUACUCUUCCUCCCGUAAAGGUUUUUUUUUUUAAUUCCAUAAAAUAAAGAGGCUUAUAUUAGAGGCCAGCCCGAUUUAAAGAUUUACCUUUAUGUAUUGGUUUGUGGAAAAUUUUAAAAAUAAGAAAAAUAUUGGAGACCCAAGAGGCUCUCUGUCUCUUUUGU